UUCAAAACUAUGCAUUUUCAAGAAAUUUUAAAAAACAUUUGACUAAAUUAUUGGGAUUAAUACAAAAAAGCAUCAAAUCAGUAUUUUAUGAAGGUAGGACACUGAAAACCAGACUUUAACCUGAACUUCCAUUUUCUUUAUUUUGUUUUCUAUUCAUACACGGAGCACCAGUAGUUAAUUUUGAAUGCAUCAAAUAGAACUUUUAUCAUGAAAUAUCCUCAGCUCCACAUGACACUGAGUUCUCAUGUAGUAACAAAACAGUCUGAGAAACCUGCAGAACAAGUUAUGUCAUCAUAAACCUGUGUAACCAGUGAUUAUUCUUCAGCCUAAAUCAAGUACAUUUUAAUAAAAGUUAUAGAUUUUUUUGUCCCCUAUUUGUGGCACUUCCUAGAUGGACAGCACCCUCAGAUUCUGCCUAUAUUGACACAGCCGGCUCUGGUAUGCAAACAAACAAGUAUAUUUAGUUUAAAUAGUAAAUUUAUUAGUCUAGAUUAAGAUUUUUUAAGUUGUGUGUUUGAAUGCUGCGCUCUGUCUUAAAGGCACUUCAUCGUCCUGCUUGAUCCCAGAUAUUUAAUCUUAACAGACGUCUUACUCGUUUUCUCUCUUUUCUGGAGCUCACCAACAGAUUUAGUUCUUUUCCACCGAAAUGUCGUCUCCAAUAAGAUCCCAUUGUUCAUGUUGUUGUCAUGUGACUCAACCUUCUACAUGGUUUUUGGUGGAUUCGGCUGAGUGCUUUGUUUACAUGGAAUGUGGACCCACAUUUCAGAAUUGCCUAACAAAAACUGCUGGAGUAUUCUCUUUCAAACUGCAUCAUUUGAUAUGGCAACUGGCUGAGAGUCCGAGUCGUCAGAAGAAGUCUUUGAUCCCAAACAAGUUUCAGCUUCUGAUCCUGCUCUGUGUAAUAGUCUUUGUCAUGUGUCUGGCCUUGUCUGACAACUCUCUGGCAUGGUGGCAGAGAUUUGAACUUCACAAACACUACAACUGGUUCUUCAACCAGACAGACAGAGGUAACAUGGUACCACCCUAUAAGAUCCAGCCAAGACAAAGGGUUGUCCUAACUACCCCUCACAAAACCACAGAACCUCCUACUCUGCAACCUGGAGUAAUUUGGUACCAUCAGGCCUAUCCAGGCAACUAUCACUUUAUUAUGGACAACGCAGAUGUCUGCAGGAACAAAACGCCUUUCCUAGUUCUGAUGGUUCCAGUGGCGCCAAACAACAUUGCAGCUCGGGAUGCCAUCCGACAGACGUGGGGCAAAGACAGCAUGGUUAAGGGGGAGCUGGUUCUCACUCUGUUCAUGCUGGGGCUGUCUCAUGAAGUUGAUGAUGAGAAGCUGAAGCAGGAGAAUGAGCAGCACCAUGACCUAAUCCAGAGUAACUUCAUGGACACAUAUCUCAAUCUGACCAUCAAAACCAUGGUGAUCAUGGACUGGCUGGCCAAACGCUGCCCUACGGCAGCCUACGCUAUGAAGGUCGACUCUGACAUGUUCCUGAACAUUGACAAUCUGGUGAUCAUGCUACAGAAACCAGAGAUACCCAAGAUGAACUACCUGACAGGACUGCUCAUGUGGAACAGACCUGUGGUACGAUCAAAGAACUCUAAGUGGUAUGUCCCCGAGGAGCUGUACCCCGAACCUCUGUACCCAACUUACACUCUGGGCAUGGGAUACAUUUUUUCCAAUGAUCUUCCUAAAAAGUUUGUGGAAGUUUCCAAAGCCAUCAAACCAUUUAACAUUGAGGACGCCUACAUUGGAAUGUGCAUAAAAAAGCUCGGCUACGCACCUACCUCACCCCCAGACCCCUCCCAGUUUCAGUCCUAUAGCAAAGGAUAUAAUCGCUGUCAGUACUCUAAAAUCAUCACCUUUAUCCUCGGCUCCUCACAGGACCUGAAAAACUACUGGGAGGACCACAAAAAGCCUGGACCCUAUUGUUAGGACAAAUCUGCUGAUGCACUUGGGAAGCACUUGGUUUAACUUAUUUUCUAAAUGUUUACUGAACUGGAACUCUUUACUUUGAUAGUGAAAUUCGGUGACUGUUUUUUAAACGUGCAGUUCUAAUUAAAAAUAAAUUAAUAAAUAGACUCCUUAAGUUAUGUUGGUUUGAACUUUCUUUCUCACCAAACUGGCAUUUGUAAAUGUAAAACGAAAGAAAGAAGAAAGUAUUCAGCCAUGACUCGAUUUAUGGUACAAUAAGAUGGGUCAACUAACUGUGUUAGUAUAAAUAAUAAAUUCAUGCACAAAAUGAACUAGGGUGAAAGUAUAACUUUGUGGUCUCAUGCAUUUAUUUUAAACUGCAGGUAUUUUGUAUUUACAAGAUCAUUUAAAUAAAGAACAUGAAGGUUUUUUGGUACCUGGAUGUGGGGAAUAAAGUUUUUGUGUUGUGUUGGCUUUGCUUUUCAUGAAAGUUCUGAAUGCCAGAAGAAAUAACAUUAGAGAUUUUACUCCUCCUUGUAAAUGUUUAUAUUUUGAAAGCACUUUUGGCAUUUCCAUUUGACAAUGAUUGGCUGCUUUUUAUUAAAAUAAAAAGUAUAUAUUUUC